AUGGACGAGCUGGGCCGGCAGGCGGUCCUCCAGUGCGCGCACGUCAGGAAGCACACCAAGGGCGGGCGCGGGAGGCCUCAUGACAAGUCGCUGCGCAUGGUCGCUGCGGCGGGCGUGCUCCGGUGGGGCGGGUCGAGCCGGCGCAACGUGAUCUGCCGGGAGGCCGAGGUCGGUGGCAGCUCGGCGUUCCAGCGGCACAGGCAGAGGAAGGGAGACGCGUAUGAGCCGGGGCUGUUCCACGUGGUGACUACGACAGGGAGGGAGGUGCACUUCGUGUGCCAGGGCGGCGAGGAGACCGCGGAGCUGUGGGUGAGGGGCAUCAGGGCCGUGACCAGGGCGGCAUUUGGCAAGAGAGGCCAGGAGUGA